GUACCUUUUACGUAAACACGCGAACACAAAUUCAAAUAGAAGCCUUGAAGUUACCUUCGAUUAUCGUCACCAAAUCUACUCCUGUGUUAACGAAAACCCUAGAAAGCAGAGAUGGAGGAAGAUGGUUCGAAUUCAAACCGCCGCACGUCAGGCCGAACACGAAAAGUUGCAUCCAAAAUGGUCGCCGCACUUGCUAGCUCCGACAACCGUACCCAGGCUGCUCUUGCACGGUUGGAUGCUUUGGAGAAUGACAAUGCUGGAUUUGAAGUUGUAGAUCCUAAUCUUGAUGAUGACGAAGCUUCUCUUGAUGAUGAUGAUCAAGUGUAUAUGCAGAGAAAACAAUCUAAAGGCACCAAAAGGAAAACCAGACAAGCAAAAGCUCUUGAAGCUAGGAAGGCCCCAAGAACAUUUCUGGAGCUCUUACAUGAUGCAAACUUAGAAUCAUUGCCACCGCAUGUUCCCACCUAUUGGAAAGCAGCUGUUGGACCUCCAAGCUCAACCGCCCGUCGCCACUUUUGUACCGUAUGUGGUUUCUCUGCCAAUUACACUUGUGUUAGAUGUGGUGUGCGCUUUUGUUCCAAUCGGUGUCAAAAUGUGCACAAUGAUACCCGAUGCUUGAAAUUUGUCGCCUAAACAUUUGUUUGAUGCCACAUUUUUUCCCCCUGCCCAGUAUUGGAUACAUGGUAUCUUAAGUUGUCAUAUACUCGUAUCAAUUUUCACCAAGACUAUGUACAGAGCAAGUUGUUUAAUGAAUUAGCUUCACCCCUUGUCCCUUUUGAGAUUAGUGUUUUAGUUGCUUGACCUGGUUCAAGGCAAGCAGAAAAAUGUUUAUGUUUUAGUUAGCCUUGUUAAGGAUGUUCUAAGCUGCUAUUGUUUAUAAGAUCAUCUUUAUCAUGCUAAGACUAGCUUCAAGUAUACUUGCUAAAACUUGCUGGAUAAGUGGUUCAAACACCUAAUUUUAUAUACAUGUGUACCACAUGCAAUGACA